GGUGUGCUGUGCUGUGCUUCUCUGCUCCUCAAUUCUUCUUUUUCUCAUCAAAAUUAAUUAAACUCCACGCUCCCCACUCACCCGCCAUCUCAUCCCAUUGCUGCUUCCCUUCCCAUUUCCAUGGCUUCUUCCACCACCACGCUCUCCCCCGCCGUCGCCCUUCCGCAGCUCUACUGCAGGACUGGGACGACGAACAAUUACAACUCCUCCCGCCGCCUGUCGCUUACUCGCAAUCCGAAGCGGAUGGAAGUGAAGUGCAUGGCUACGAGUAUUCCCGCGGAUCGGGUGCCUGACAUGGGAAAGCGGCAGCUCAUGAAUCUCCUUCUCCUCGGCGCUAUUUCUCUUCCUAGCGUUGGGAUGUUGGUGCCUUACACUUACUUCUUUGUUCCGCCUGGUUCAGGAGGUGCUGCUGGUGGUGUAGUUGCCAAAGAUGCACUAGGCAAUGAUGUGAUUGCUAGUGAUUGGCUCAAGAACCAUGGACCAGGUGAUCGAACCCUCACCCAAGGCUUGAAGGGUGAUCCGACCUACCUUGUUGUGGAGAAUGACAAAACACUUGCAACAUUCGGCAUCAAUGCUGUCUGUACCCACCUGGGUUGUGUUGUGCCAUGGAACACUGCCGAGAACAAGUUUAUCUGCCCCUGCCAUGGAUCACAAUACAACAAUCAAGGAAAAGUUGUCCGAGGGCCUGCUCCUCUGUCUUUGGCAUUGGUUCAUGUGGAUAUUGAUGACGGGAAGGUAGUGUUUGUUCCUUGGGUUGAGACAGACUUCAGAACUGGAGAAAAUCCAUGGUGGGCGUAAAUGAUGUGUCUAAAACUUUUCCGAGUUAUGUGAAGUUUGUAAGAAUGGAUGUGAAGCAUUCGGGGUUCAUUUAUAUGCUGCAAUAUAAGCGUCGAUUUAGUAGAUACAUACAUGAUGGAUUCAUUCCAAAUGGCAAUGCAAGACAUUCUGAAUGAAUAUAUAGCAUUUAAUUCUUA